AUGAACAUGACGUAUUUCAAAUUUGAGGAUAUAUUUUCUGGUUGCAUGACGGAUUAUGAAAAACAUGCAAAUAUUAGAGAAAACAUUCAAGAUUCUAAACUUCAAAAUUUCUGUAGUCAUGUUAAAAAUGAAUGGGGGGUCAGUAAAUAUGGGGGAGAAUUUAUAUCAGAUUGUAAAAAACAUAUUCUUUAUUUAGACUAUAUAAAGGAUAAAAAAUCCCCUGAAAAAGAAACGAGCUGUAAAUAUUUCAAUUAUCUGCUAAAAGAUAUACUAAAGUAUUAUGGUUGCUCUGUCAAUAAUUGUAAUGAGGCUUACCAAAAAAUCAUUGAUCACACCAAAGGAAAUGAAUUUAUGAAUGUGUCUGAUGCAUGUAAGAACCAAGUUAAAGAUCUUCAUGACGACCUAUAUUCCAUAUUGAAAAAUUUGAAAGAACUAUAUACAUACUUUAUAUUGAAAGGUAAUAUAUGCACUUCAAAUUCUGCUUGUUUUAAUAAAUACAAGGAAUUAUCAAAAAUGCCUAUGUAUUCACAAAACGACAGUUUUCGUGAAUUGUUAAUUAAUUUUAUGGAGAAAAAUAUAAAAAAUAUGAUGCAAAUAAUAGAAAAAAAAGAAUUACGCACAGUCCCAUAUCAUACAAUUUCGACAAAUACACCCUCCAUUAUUUUAAGUUUAAUUAUCAUAACUAUUACAGUAUUUAUGAUAAUGUUUUUUGUGUAUAAGUAUAUUCAGUAUGGUUCAUUAUUACAAGCAACAACAAGAAUAAGGAGAAUGUGGAGCAAAAAAAAAAAAGGUAAAAUGUACAUAAUGGAUUCAUCAGAAAUCACACAAAAUAAAUUGUUUCAUAAUAAGUACCAAAGAGAAUGUACCUCCAUAGGGUACAUAUAA